AAUUUGACCCGGACCGUAACUAGGUCUGUCUUAAACAGACAGAGAGACUUAAAAGUUGAUAAACCCUAAGUCUCAGACAGCGGUUCUCGAACCAAAAGGACGAUACUGCCGCCGUCUAACUUGGAAUCUCUUCAACCACCGUUCGAUUGCUUCGUCUCCACCGUGACUAGAGAGAAAGAGUAGAGAUAAUAGUAAUGGCUGAAGAAGAAGCUAAGGUGAUGGCUGUAGAAGAAGCUAAUAAGGGAUUGGACUACAUACCUGAGGUUAUACUUAAGAAGAGGAAGAACAGGGAUGAGCUUGCCUUUAUCAGGAAGAAGCAACUUGAGUUGGGCAAUUUCGGCAAAAAGAAGAAGAAAGUUGCUGAUAUCAAACGACCUGAAGACUUUGUUCUUGAGUUCAGGGCUAAGGAAAUAGACCUUAUCCGGAUGAAGCAAAGGGUAAAGAGGCCAAGGGCAACUCCUCAACCAGCAAAAUCAAACCUUGUUUUCAUCAUACGCAUACAAGGUAAGAAUGAUAUGCACCCAAAGACCAAGAAGGUUCUUAACAGUAUGCAACUAAGGAGCACUUUCACUGGUGUAUUUGCCAAAGCAACUGAUGGUUUGUUUCAAAAGCUUCUCAAAGUCCAGCCUUACGUCACUUAUGGGUACCCAAAUGGUAAGAGCGUUAAGGACCUCAUAUUCAAGAAGGGAUACACAAUAAUAGAAGGCAAUCCUGUUCCUCUUACCGACAACAACAUUAUCGAACAGGCUCUAGGAGAACAUGGUAUCUUUUGCAUAGAAGACAUUGUCAAUGAGAUAGCAAGAGUUGGUGAUCAUUUCAGAGAGGUUAUGAGGUUCUUGGGACCCGUGAAACUCAACAAGCCAGAGGCUGGUGUCUUGCACGGGAAGAAACAAGUUUUCAGCGAUGGAGGAGAUACUGGAAACCGUGAAGAUAAGAUCAAUGAUCUCAUAAUCAAAAUGAAUUAGAAGCAGCCAGCAACAAUCCAUGGAACCGCUAGCUACUUUACUAUGUUUUCCUUAUAAAAAAUCUGUAUGAAGCUAAAGACAAAUGCUAGUGCAAUUUUGCUUAAAAAACAUUCUCAAAUUUAUAGUUA